CCCCCGCCACCUCCGAGCGGGCCUGCGACCCCGGCGCCCGGGAAGGGACGACUCCGGCUAGGCGGCGCCCACCGAGUGGGAGACUAUGGCCAAGAUGGAGGUGAAAACGUCACUUCUGGACAAUAUGAUUGGGGUUGGAGAUAUGGUUCUUCUCGAACCUCUCAACGAGGAGACCUUCAUCAACAACCUCAAGAAGCGCUUUGACCAUAAUGAAAUAUACACAUACAUUGGAAGCGUGGUUAUAUCUGUUAACCCAUACCGGUCAUUGCCAAUUUACUCACCAGAAAAAGUGGAAGAUUAUAGGAAUAGAAAUUUUUAUGAAUUGAGCCCUCACAUCUUUGCCCUGUCAGAUGAAGCAUACAGAUCUCUCCGAGAUCAAGAUAAAGACCAAUGUAUUCUUAUCACUGGGGAGAGUGGAGCCGGAAAAACAGAGGCCAGCAAGCUAGUGAUGUCCUAUGUUGCAGCUGUUUGUGGAAAAGGAGCAGAAGUCAAUCAAGUCAAGGAGCAACUUUUACAGUCCAACCCAGUCCUGGAAGCAUUUGGAAAUGCCAAAACUGUAAGAAAUGACAACUCCUCUAGAUUUGGCAAAUAUAUGGACAUUGAAUUUGAUUUUAAAGGUGACCCACUGGGAGGAGUGAUAAGUAACUAUCUUUUAGAGAAAUCUCGAGUUGUUAAACAACCAAGAGGUGAAAGAAACUUCCACGUGUUCUAUCAGCUGCUCUCUGGUGCCUCUGAGGAGCUGCUCAAUAAACUUAAGCUCGAGCGGGAUUUCAGCAGAUAUAACUACCUGAGUUUGGACUCUGCUAAAGUUAAUGGAGUGGACGAUGCAGCCAAUUUCAGAACUGUUAGGAAUGCCAUGCAGAUUGUGGGUUUUAUGGACCAUGAAGCCGAGUCUGUCUUGGAAGUGGUGGCGACGGUGUUGAAACUGGGGAACAUCGAGUUCAAGCCUGAAUCUCGAGUGAAUGGCUUAGAUGAAAGCAAAAUCAAAGACAAGAACGAGUUAAAAGAAAUCUGUGAGUUGACUGGCAUUGACCAGUCAGUCCUAGAACGAGCCUUCAGUUUCCGAACAGUUGAGGCCAAGCAGGAGAAGGUGUCAACAACACUCAAUGUGGCUCAGGCUUACUAUGCCCGUGAUGCUCUGGCUAAAAACCUCUAUAGCCGCUUGUUUUCAUGGUUGGUGAAUCGAAUCAAUGAAAGCAUCAAGGCACAAACAAAAGUGAGAAAGAAGGUCAUGGGUGUUUUGGACAUUUAUGGCUUUGAGAUUUUUGAGGACAACAGCUUUGAGCAGUUCAUUAUUAACUAUUGUAAUGAAAAGCUGCAACAAAUCUUCAUUGAACUUACACUUAAAGAAGAGCAGGAAGAGUAUAUACGGGAGGACAUAGAAUGGACACAUAUUGAGUAUUUCAAUAACGCUAUCAUUUGUGAUCUCAUAGAAAAUAACACAAAUGGAAUCCUGGCCAUGCUGGAUGAGGAGUGCCUGAGACCAGGCACGGUCACUGAUGAGACCUUCUUGGAAAAGCUGAACCAAGUCUGCGCCACCCACCAGCACUUUGAGAGCAGGAUGAGCAAGUGCUCGCGCUUCCUCAAUGACACGUCCCUGCCUCACAGCUGUUUCAGAAUUCAGCAUUAUGCGGGCAAGGUGCUAUACCAGGUUGAAGGAUUUGUGGACAAAAACAAUGACCUCCUCUAUCGAGACCUGUCCCAAGCCAUGUGGAAGGCCAGCCACACCCUCGUGAAGUCUUUGUUCCCCGAAGGGAAUCCUGCCAAGAUCAACCUGAAGAGGCCUCCUACAGCAGGCUCACAGUUCAAGGCCUCCGUGGCCACGCUGAUGAAAAACCUGCUGACCAAGAAUCCAAAUUAUAUUAGGUGUAUCAAACCAAAUGAUAAAAAAGCAGCACACAUCUUCAGUGAGGCAUUAGUAUGUCAUCAGAUCCGAUACCUGGGUCUUCUGGAGAAUGUCCGAGUGCGGAGGGCAGGCUAUGCCUUCAGACAGGCGUACGAACCUUGCCUUGAGAGAUAUAAAAUGCUUUGUAAACAAACAUGGCCUCAUUGGAAAGGACCUGCAAGAGCUGGUGUGGAGGUUCUUUUUAAUGAAUUAGAAUUUCCUGUAGAAGAAUAUUCCUUUGGUAGAUCAAAGAUAUUCAUCCGAAACCCAAGAACAUUAUUCAAGUUAGAAGACUUGAGGAAGCAGCGACUUGAGGACUUGGCCACGCUCAUCCAGAAGAUUUAUAGGGGCUGGAAGUGCCGCACACACUUCCUGCUGAUGCGAAAGAGCCAAAUCGUGAUCUCUGCCUGGUGUAAGAGAUACUCUCAACAGAAGCGAUAUCAGCAGAUAAAGCGCUCAACUUUGCUGAUUCAGUCUUACAUCCGGGGCUGGAAGGCUCGAAAAAUCCUGCGGGAACUGAAGCAUCAAAAGCGCUGUAAGGAAGCCGCCACCACCAUUGCAGCUUACUGGCAUGGUACUCAGGCGCGAAGGGAACUGAGCCGGCUGAAGGAGGAGGCUAGGAAUAAACAUGCUAUUGCAGUUAUUUGGGCUUACUGGCUUGGAUCUAAGGCUCGAAGGGAAUUGAAACGCUUGAAGGAGGAGGCUAGGCGUAAGCAUGCAGUUGCUGUCAUUUGGGCUUACUGGCUUGGACUGAAGGUACGCAGAGAGUAUCGGAAAUUCUUCAGAGCCAAUGCUGGAAAGAAAAUUUAUGAAUUCACCCUUCAGAGAAUUGUGCGAAAAUAUUUCUUGGAAAUGAAAAACAAGAUGCCUUCCUUAUCUCCAAUAGACAAGAAUUGGCCACCAAGACCUUAUCUGUUCUUAGACUCUACUCACAAGGAGCUGAAAAGGAUUUUCCACUUGUGGAGGUGUAAAAAAUACAGAGACCAGUUUACAGACCAGCGGAAACUUAUUUAUGAGGAGAAGCUAGAAGCCAGUGAACUCUUCAAGGACAAGAAGGCAUUAUACCCAUCAAGUGUUGGACAGCCGUUUCAAGGAUCUUACUUGGAAAUCAACAAGAAUCCCAAGUAUAAGAAACUCAAAGAUGCCAUUGAAGAAAAGAUUAUCAUUGCUGAAAUUGUGAACAAAAUUAACCGUGCUAAUGGAAAGAGUACAUCCCGGAUUUUCCUUCUAACAAAUAAUAAUCUCCUCCUUGCUGAUCAAAAGUCCGGUCAAAUCAAGUCAGAGGUUCCUCUGGUGGAUGUGACCAAAGUAUCAAUGAGCUCACAAAAUGAUGGUUUCUUCGCCAUCCAUCUCAAAGAGGGCUCUGAAGCAGCUAGUAAGGGAGACUUUCUCUUCAGCAGUGAUCACCUGAUCGAAAUGGCCACCAAGCUGUAUCGAACAACUCUCAGCCAAACCAAACAGAAGCUCAAUAUUGAAAUUUCUGAUGAGUUCCUGGUGCAGUUCAGACAGGACAAAGUAUGUGUGAAGUUUAUUCAGGGCAACCAGAAAAAUGGGAGUGUGCCAACUUGCAAACGAAAAAACAACCGUCUCCUUGAAGUUGCAGUUCCUUAAAUCUCCUCUCCUCUGCUUCCAUGGACUUGUUUCUUUGUAAUAGUGCAAUUUGGUUUGGUUUCAUUUGGGCUCAUUUUAUGUUUGAGAAUUGCCAAAGACUAAUACUGUUAGAGUUCUUGGCAAAAUAAAAACAUUUGACUAAUCCAUUUUUUUAUUAUUGGAAUAGUUUUAACCCUUAAAGUACACAUUCUGUCCUGGAACAGAAUGUAAAAACUAACAUCUCUAUAUCACAUUUUAUAUGUUCUUUUUUAGUCAUCCAGUUAGAUCUGUGUACCCUCCAUCUGCAUAUUACUCAUAAAUCAUUAAUACAUCUAGGUCUAGGAAGUGUUCUUAAAAGAUAAUGCGUUCACGCAUCAAGUAUUUAUUAAAUGCCUACUGUGUGCUGUAUGGGCACUGUGCUAGAUGAUCUUACUAAGAACCCUUUUGUGAUUUUAGGGCAAUUGCAUUCUGGCUGGUUUCUACUAGCUUUACUAAGGCAAAAAGAAUGAAAAUAUUGAAACCAAAAAGAGUAACUGUUAAUGAUAGACAGCAUCAUUAGGAACCCUAACAAUGGUCUUUAGUGGUGGAUUCUACAAGGACUGGUCCUCGAGGUAGAAAUAAAUAGCCAGGUACAAUGCCUGUAUAUGUGGUUUCUGUCUGAAAAGAAAAAAAUAACAUUUGAACAGGACCUUGAAUUUGUUCAGAUCUCUUGCUUUUAAACAAUAGAAAAAAGGAGUCAUUCUUAUUUUAGAAAAAGUAACACAAGCAGCUUAUGAGAUUAUUUUUUCCUGUUUCUGGAAGAUAUCAUACAUGAUCUUAGAUCUGCUAAUAUCUGCAAUAUGUUGUUUUCACCCAGAUUCAAGAAGUUAAUACAGUCAAGGACUGAAAGCCUUUCACAUAGUGGCAAAGCAUUCUAUACAAUGUGCAAUAAACCUCUGUGAUCUUUUUUUUGGAAGUUUUAUUUAUAAUGUUCAUUUUGUGUGAAAGAGGUGAUUGGUACAGGGUGCGUAUUUUAGUCAGGAUCAAAAUUAAAUUGUGUUACUUUGCAGGACUUUUGUUCAAAUUUACAAAUUAAGGAUUCAUUUUGGAAGCUUACACUUUAAACAUUGGAAUAAAAUAAUUUCUUAUUUGGGAGGAUAAUGUAUAUACAUUGAUAUAUUAAAUAAUAAAGCUCUUCUAAUUUGGUGCCA